AUGAGAAUACUAGCAGCUAUAUUCAUUCUGGGAUGCUGCCCGUGCCAAGCAAGACCACACGAGGAUUUCCAUUUGACGCUUGGUGGAGAUUGCCAAAAGUUGCAAGAACAAAUUGAAGGCGGAGGCGAUUCUGCAACCAAAUUGCAAGCUUUCAACGACUUUUUGACCAAGAUUGGAGUCAAGGACCAGUUCUGGAGCAUCAUCGAGGAAGCGAAAGCAGAUGCUGCUGAGAAUCUGCCGAGCGAAUCUGCCAAGGCUGCCGCUGCCAAAACGCUUGGUGAAAUUGAGAACGGCGACUUGCUAAUUCCACACGCUGAGGCUAAGAAGAAGAUCCACGCUGAAUUCGAGGCUCUCGAACCGGCAGAUCGUGAAGCGAUUAAGAAGCUCGCCAAGAAAUACGGAUUGAAACUCAAGGAUCUUGUGAAGCCAGCACUCCCAGAAAAUUGUCGAGCAACAGCACCGGGAGCCGACGAAGCAGUUGCCGCUGCUAGCGCCGCCAACGGAUUCGAUAACGUUUAG